UCUGAUUUGUAAUUAGUUUAAGUAUAAUUUUGAGAUAUACUAUAAUUGGAGGUCUGUUUUUAAAAGAAAAUAGAGCUUAGAUCCUGAAAACCACUGUCUCCAGAAAAAGAAAUUUUUUUUCCAUACACAUUGAUAGUUCUUACCUGUAUGUUUAUACCCUUCUUGUAUAAAGACAGUGGAGUAGAAGUACAAGAGGUGACAAUGGCAGAAGUUGGGAAUGACUGCUAUUUCUAUUUUUAUUCCACCUGCAUAAAGGGUUCCAAAUGCCGAUUUCGUCACUGUGAAAAAGCUCUUGGCAGUGAGACUGUUUGUUCAUUAUGGAGAGAGGGAAGAUGUUCACAUCACCUUUGCAGAUUUAGACAUAUGGAAAUACAGCAAAAAUACAACAGAAUCUUAUGUUUCUGGGAAACGCAGCCUUUAGGUUGUGUGAGGAUCAGUUGUGUCUUCCAUCAUAGCAAACCUCGUAAUAUAAAUGGACUUUUUUUGCCACCCAGUAUCAAUGCCACACUUCAAAAGGAUGUUCAAGAAGGAACUCUGCAUCCUGUCCACACUCAAGAACCACUUCAAGGUCAAGAAAGCAUUUUAAGACCCAUUCACCCUCCUCUGAUCAUAAACAUCAGCCUGGAGGAGGAUGAGGAAGAGGAAGAAGAGGAGAAUGAUGCCUCUCAUUUAUUGACAAAGACUCAAGCAGACAUUGAGGAAGAAAAAGCAAUAAAGGAGAUGUGCUAUAAAUCUGGCGAAUAUUACAGAAUUCAGACACCUCAGGAGAACCAGUCUGCAAAAACCAUGUCAUCAGCACUAGAUAAUGAGCUAUUGAAACCCAUGGAAACUGGCAGAGACUUACAGGAAGGCAGGUACUUAAGUGGUGAUGGUGUUAAAGUUCCAACAAAAUUUAAUAUUAUAGAAAGACAAGGAGAGGUAACAGCAUCAUUAGAUGGUAAAACUAGGACUGAUCUUGGUGCCAUUGAAAAUGGAGGAGGUGAUUGUUAUGUACCACAAAGGAGCAUAUUUGUUGGAGAGAAACAUUGUGAAACAUUAACUGGAGAAAAAGAAUUAAUUACAACCAGACGUGCAGAUGUGAAACCAAUGAGUCACACUGAGCAAGUAAAGAAGCGUCACUUUAAAGGAGUGAAGAAAAAGAAAUGCAUUUCUGAAGAACCAAAAAAUUCAUAUAGCAUGUUUGCAGGCAAAGCAAUGAAUGCUUCCAACCCAAAAGGUAAAUCAAAUUGCCAACACAAUGAUCAAAGCAAGGAUGCUGAGAAUACUUCUUACGUUCCAUCUCCAAGAACCACUGAGAGAAACACUUCCUUGAAUUCUCUAGAACCUGGAAAAUCGAGAAACAUGACCUACAGUAAUGUUAAUGUUACCAAAGAACCCAAGAUGAAUUUGUCUGCAGACAAAUGGACUGCAGCAUCCUAUAAUUCACCAGCAUGGAGAAAAAGAAGCCCCCACACAAAAACAUACUCUAAAUCUGAAAAAAUCCAUUCAGAUCCAAGAAGAAAUGGAAGCAAGUAAAAAAGAGAAAGAAAGAGACUUUGAGAAAACAAAGAAGUGAAGCACAAUCCAUCAUACAAUUUACAAUAAAAAUGAUAAAAAUGCAAAUUCAAGGAAUGAGGUUAUCACAUGCUUCACACUGGAGAUUCAAAGAUGAUAAAAUGCAAAUUCUAAAAAUAAGAUGCAGGACAUGUACACUGUAUGGUUUCAAAACUGAUAAAAAUGCAAAUUUAAAAAA